GUCUUUGCCAAAUUACUUACCUGUGCUAGGACGAGUGCUAGAUCAUCUCGUACGCCUAUCAAUAUGGACGGGAUGAAAGCUGCAAAGAGACGCAAAAUUACAGACAAAUCCGUCCCAAAUGCUCUUGCGCAACUUCCAGAGUUCGCCGAGGACUCACAAUUGUACCAAAGCUUGUUAGAGAUGGAAAAGAAGCUUGACUGGACAAUGAACCGGAAAAAAGUGGAAACUGUGCCCAUACGGUUCUCUGGGCAGCUGUGGCAAACUGGCGAAGCUGGUGCUGAGGGGGUAAACUUCGAGACGGGGCAGGGAAUUCCAGCCUGGUCCCUGAAGGUUGAAGGGCGACUAUUAGAGCUUCCCAAUCAACGUGCGCGGGACAGGGUUCCUCCUCGGAAGUUCUCAUCUCUCAUAAAACGAAUGAUCAACGGGAAUGUCGUCGAGUGGCCUCGAGGUCCGACUAUUCAGCAGCCUCUCGAUGGGUUCACCAUAAGGCGAACCGGAGACCAGCCAACGAAAAUGCGCCUCAUAAUAUAUCUCGAGCAGACACCAGAGCAGUAUAAAGUGGCUCCAGACCUGGGCAAUGUCUUGGGUAUUAAAGAGGAGAGUCGUGUUGGCAUCAUCCAGGCUAUGUGGAAUUAUAUCAAAAUAAACGGCCUGCAAGACAAAACAGAUCGUCGAAGAAUACGCGCUGACGAUUAUUUGAGACCGAUCUUUGGCGGAGACGGCAUUAUGUUUCACCAACUGCCAGAGCUAGUCAAUCGAUAUUUGAUGCCUCCAGACCCUGUAGUCGUCCAUUACUCCAUCAAUCCAGCACAGGUACCCCCAGAGCGCCCUUCUGCAUGGGAUAUUGAAGUCAAGAUGGAGGACACGAGUCUGAAGAACCGUAUCAUGGUGACGGUACAAUCAAGUAAAGACAGCAUGUCCGACCUCACCAAGUUGGAUGAUGAGAUUGCGCUGUUAUCACAAUCACUACAUAACUCGCACACAAAGCGGCAAUUCCUUCAAAGUUUCGCCAGAGACCCAGCUAAUUUCAUACAGACGUGGUUGGCGUCACAGUCUCGUGACUUGGAAAGUGUGCUUGGGAAUGGACCGAGCGAAGGUGCUACGAUUCGUGCUGAAGAAUUGCGUAGGAGCGACUUCUUCAGACUACCUUGGGUUGAGGAGGCUGUUGCUGUCCACGAAGGAUUGCGCCUGGCAUCUCGAGGCAUGCAAUGAAAGUUAUAGAACUACGGUUCCUUGCUGUGUCGACCCUGCUUUUGCAGUCUUAUCUUAUUCUAAUCGUUGCAUUGUUGUACUUAAGUGUGUAUUUCGCCAAGAGCUUUCGAUGAUCAUCUUAUGCUAAGUACGCACAAGUGGCACGACUCACCUUAUUUUUUUGACUCCGAAAUGAAACAUGAGAUAAAGACA